AUGGCGAAAUUCUCCGAUCAAAUCCUUCAUCUCCGUUCACGGAAAUUCAGCUCCGUCAUUCUCACCUUCUUCGCUCUCUGCAUCAUCUUCCCCAUCUUUACAACGGCAGAACAUGAACACGAAGAGUCUUCAUCCGUUCUCCUGUUACCGUCGGCCACCGAAGAACACGGCAUGUGUUCCGGAACAACGCUGUCGUCUUGUCCGGCGAAAUGCUUCCGUACGGAUCCGGUUUGCGGUGCGGACGGGGUUACAUAUUGGUGUGGUUGCUCCGAGGCCGCCUGCGCCGGAGCUAAGGUUGCUAAAUUGGGUUUCUGUGAAGUGGGGAAUGGUGGAUCCGCGAAUUUUCCUGGUCAGGCUCUACUUCUGGUUCACAUUGUAUGGCUCAUCGUGUUAGGGUUUUCUGUGUUGUUCGGGUUUUUUUAG